CCAUCAGGUUUUUCCUUUUGGGGUACCCCACAUUGUUAUCAUAACACGCCUAUUACCUGGUUUUUUAGACGCCUUUGGUUUUUGUGCCUGCCCUGGAAUGUCAGUAUCAUUCUCAUUCUUCUUUCUUGGCUGCUUCCUUCAACGCUCGUUAGCAGAUUUUAAAGAUGGGAUAAAUAAGGGCAGUUGGAAUUUAAUUUGAUUCUAAGCCUUACAAAACUGUUUGACAAAAAAUAUCAGAAAUUGGAUACGGAGACUUGCGUGUGAAUUGGGCUAGUCAAGAUUCGAACCCUGGGAAGCUCGAUAAAAUAAUUGUCAGGCAGAUUGAAACGGAGACUGGUGAAGAAGGAAAGGAAUGAUGAGAUCGUGUUUGAGGCCGAUAGAGAGAUUUCUAUGUGCUGGCAGGGGUAUGACCGAUCGUGAUGCACUUCUGUGGCACAGGGAUUUGAAGCCCCACUCUUCUGGGGAUUUUUCUAUUGCGGUGGUGCAGGCCAAUUCCUCGCUGGAAGAUCAGGGGCAAGUGUUGAAUAGCACCUUUGGGACUUAUAUUGGCGUCUACGAUGGCCACGGAGGUCCUGAAGCUUCCAGAUUUAUCAAUAGCCAUUUGUUUCCUCAUGUUGAAAAAUUUGCCUUGGAAGAGGGGGGCAUGUCUGCAGAAGUUCUCCAAAAAGCAUUCAAUGCGACAGAACAAGAAUUUUUGCAGCUUGUGAAGAGAUCUUGGCCAACACAGCCACAGAUGGCUUCAGUUGGAUCUUGUUGUCUUGUAGGAGCAAUAUCUAAUGACACAUUGUAUGUUGCAAAUUGUGGUGAUUCAAGAGCUGUUUUGGGAAGUGUGUGCCAAACAAAAAAAUCAUUUAAAGCAGAGCGUCUUUCUGCUGAACAUAACGUUGCCUUGGAGGAUGUUAGGAAGGAAUUAAGAGAUUUGCAUCCAGAUGAUUCUCACAUAGUUGUUUUCAGACAAGGUGUCUGGCGUGUGAAGGGAAUAAUACAGGUAUCCAGGUCCAUUGGAGAUAUAUAUUUGAAAAAACCAGAUUUCAACAAGGACCCUCUUUUUGCACAGUUUGGGUUUCCAGUCCCGCUUCAGAGGCCAGUUAUGACAGCAGAGCCAUCCAUCCAUGUGCGUCAGCUCAAACCACAGGACCAGUUCCUAAUAUUUGCCUCUGAUGGUUUGUGGGAACAAAUAACCGACAAAGAAGCUGUUGAGAUUGUGCAAAAAAAUCCACGCCCAGGAAUUGCAAAAAGGUUGAUUAAAGCUGCUCUUGAGGAGGUUGCCAAGAAGCGGGAGAUGAGGCCUUCUGACCUAAGGAAGAUUGAUAGAGGCGUGCGUCGACACUUCCAUGAUGAUAUUACUGUUAUUGUAAUUUAUUUGGACCAUAACUUGCUUAAUGCAAAGUCAAAUUUACAUUUGAAAUCUAAGAGAAGCUUUGAGUGCACAUCAGUUCCAGUGGAUAUAUAUUCUUCAGCUGAAAUGGGAAUGGGUGAAUCUUCUUGAUUGAUUUGAUCUCCCAGGAAAGAAAUAUGACACUUAUCACACCUAUCUUCAGGUGGUCUGCAAGCAUUCUUUCAUUUGAAGGCCAAAUUUUGUGCUAGUUUAGGCUAUCCAUAGGUUUUUUCAUUUGUAAAUCACCAACAGAUUUUAUACAGCUGAUUGGGUAUCUAAUUUAAUUUAUCCAGAUUCCAAAUGUAAUAAAAGCAUCAAGAAACUCUAUGUAAAUACCACGAUUCCUCUUCAUAAAGCAAUUCAGAGAUUAACAUGGGCCUUAAUGCUCUAGCAACUUUGUAAUGGUACGUGUAUCUUUAUGCACAGCUAUUGUUAUAGCCAGUGCUGUAUGAAUGCCAGCUUGCUGGAUUGACGUGGCUCUUAGUUCUA